CACACCUCUCUCUCAGACACAAUUCUCAAUUCUCUCUUUCUCAAAACGCUGCGUUUUCUUCUCACACACUAAAAAAAACAACACGAACUCCUCGUGUUCACUAUUAUUAUAUCAUCACUCUUUCUUUCUUUUCGUAACUGUACGAAAAUGGAAGCACCAGAUUACUUUGUCGGUGGCUAUUAUGGUGUCGGAGGAGUUGAUCAAUUCUCGCCGGAGAAACGUCACAGCGGAGACCAGAAGCCUUGUGAGCCUUUCGCCAUUGAUGACCUCCUUGAUUUCUCCAAUGCCGACGCAAUUAUGUCCGACGGUUUUUUUGACAAUGUCGCCGGAAAUUCCACCGACUCUUCCACCGUCACCAUCGUUGACAGCUGUAAUUCGUCAGCUUCCGGUGGCGAUAAUCGCUUCGCAGGCACUAUUGUUCCGUAUGGUUUCGCCGGCGAUGUUCAACACGCCGGAGAACUCUGUGUUCCGUACGACGAAAUGGCGGAAUUGGAAUGGCUUUCGAAUUUCGUGGAAGAUUCAUUCUCCGCCGAAGAGGAAUUGAAAACAUUGCAACUUCUCUCAGGCGCCGGGGCCGUUAAACCACAGACUCCGGAAUCAUCAUCUUCCACCGACACACUCCCUUCGUUUUCCACCGACGAAACCGCUCGAAACGCAUCGUUUCUCCGGCCAGAAACACCUCUCCCAGGGAAAGCACGCAGCAAGCGCUCACGCGCGGCACCAGGAGAUUGGUCCACGCGCCUACUUCAUCUUCCCGACGCGCCGCCGUCAGAGACUAAAAUUGCACUUGUGAAGAAGCGUGAGGAUCCGAAUGUGGAGUGUUCGGGACGGAAAUGUCUGCAUUGCGGCGCUGAUAAGACGCCACAGUGGCGAACGGGACCGAUGGGACCUAAAACGCUGUGCAAUGCGUGUGGCGUUAGGUUUAAGUCCGGCAGGUUGGUGCCGGAAUAUCGACCGGCGGCGAGUCCUACGUUCAUUUCGGCGAAACAUUCAAAUUCGCAUAGGAAAGUUUUGGAACUAAGGAGGCAGAAAGAGAUGCAAAGACAACAGCAUCAACAAAUUCUAACUCACAAUUCAAUUUUCGGUGUAUCCAACGGUGGAGAAGACUUCAUCAAUUAUCAUCAUCGUCAUCAUUGUGGGCCAGAGUUUAGGCAUGUUAUCUAGUGAGUGCUAGUCUAGCAUAGUUUAAUAUAGGCUGCAGUUCUUUCUUCUAAAUUUAAAGUUUAAACUAUUUUCCGCUUCGGCACUCUUUUUUGUUAAUUUUCUAAAAGAAUUGAUUUUGUAGCUUUUUAUUUUUAUUUUUAUUUUCUAUUUUUUCCUUCGUGACAGAAAAGGAAAAAAAAUGUAGAAUUAAGGUGAGGGGAUAAAAUAGAGCUUCGUUCGGUUGAAGAAUCUACUAUUGAUUAUUUACCUUGCCGAAUUUGGCAAUUUAGAAAUUUAAAUCUUUUUAUUUGGCAAAAUAAGGAGAAAUAAAUAUUAAGUAUGAUGUAUAUUUUUCUGAA